CUUAACUCUUCUUUGAUCUGUGUAUGGAUUUUGGUUAACUCGUUUUUCGGAUUACUCUGUUUCUUCUCUCCGGUUGUUGACGAACACGUAUGAAGGAGAAAACGGAAUUCGAUUUCAUCUCUUUUUGUUGUUUGUUCUUCUUGUCUUCUAUGCGUUUGUGUUUUGCAAUUGUUACAGCCAUAGCCAGAUGUGGUUUGUACUUAUUUGGCACGACGUUAAUUGUUUUCCUCAGUUGAGAUGAGUUUUCUUUCAACUUCUGUUUUUUUCUAUGGUUGUGACUUAAAAAUAGAAUACGUACAAAAUUCAUUACCUUCUACUCUUUCCUUUGUGGUUUCUCUGCAACCAAACGGCAGUUGGACGCGUUCAAGACGGUCGUCGAACUCUGAUUUUUUCUGUUUAGGAAAUGAAAUUUUGUUUAUAUAUGUAUAGUAUACGACUUCUUCUUCAUUUCAUCUUGUGUAAUCUGUUCGUUUGGGCUGGGAAAUGUGUUUGAUCAAAUCGUGGUUUAGUGGUUCGUAAAUUUAUCUUAUCUUUUUUUUUCUUCUUUUCUUAAUUUAAAAUAAUCUCUGGUUUGAGUUUCGUUUUCAGAUUGUUCUUUGAUGUGAUUUUGUUCUUUUACACUGAGAUCUAGAAAUGUAGAUGCUGAGUAGUGGCUUUUUUCAACAUUCUUGUUGUUUUCUUUGCUCUUUUGCAUAUACAGACAGACGCGGUCACACAUCUCACUCGCGAAGCUUAAACUUCACGGUUCAUCAUUUCGUAGUUUUACAGAUGUCAUAGAUGAUUUCUUCAUUUUGAUUUGUUUUUAAUGUUAUUAAUUAGCGAUCCUCAACAUUUUUUCUAUUUGGUCUUUUCGUUCAAAUAAACUUUAUUGGUGGAUCGGACAGAUUUACUGUGCGUAUAGCUGGAAAAAGUAGUUGGCAGAUUUUAAUUGGAUUCGAAAUUCCUGAUUGGAAGCUUGUUUUGUUCUCCCUUCCUUCAUCCAGAAGAGUAAAGUUAAUGCAUGCAUUAUUAUAUGCCAGCGAGAAAAUUUUCCUUUGCUAUAUAUUUUCACAUUUUUUUUAAUAUGACUGCCUUGGAAAUGAGUGACAGAGUGACAGAGUAAUACUAAGGACGAAGUGACUUGGAAUGAAUAAUUGCAAUCAUCAAUAUCUAUGUGCCACUGUUUGGGAUUAUGAAUGACUCCAGCCUGCGGCCUGCCUGUAUAAGGGUUCUCUCAACGGUAAAACGCGUUGCGUUGUAGAAGUAUUAUUAUGCCGAGUGGCUACGAUACAUAAAGCCUUAAAACUACAGAGAACUUCCUACCCAUGUAUUGCUGUUUGUGAGACAUCAGUGCCUUUUAGCAAAUUAAUUUUUGGAUUGAUCAAGUUCUUGUCUUUCUGUUUUCAUCCGUAUGAUUGGCUAUUAAGAGGAAAAGAUUGAGGAAACUCAUGGCAUCAAGAUCAACCACAAACUUUUUGGACCUGGCUUCUGGAGAUUUACUGGAUGUCCCUCGUACACCCAGGUCCCUGCCACGGGUAAUGACUGUUCCUGGAAUUAUUUCUGAACUGGAUGAUUAUGGGAGUAAUGAUGGAGAUUCGGAGUCUUCAUCUGUAUGCCGUGAGCGGAAAAUCAUAGUUGCGAACAUGUUGCCCUUGCACGCUAAAAAAGAUGGGCAAUCUGGCAAAUGGUGCUUCAGUUUAGAUGAGGACUCACUUUUAUUGCAGCUCAAGAAUGGGUUUUCACCUGAGAUGGAGGUUAUAUACAUUGGCUCCCUCAAGGUUGAAAUCGACGCCAGCGAACAGGAAGAGGUUGCUCAGAAGCUGUUCGACAAUUUUAACUGUGUACCUACAUUUCUUCCUUCUGAUCUCCAGAAAAACUUUUAUCUUGGGUUUUGCAAACAGCAGCUAUGGCCCUUAUUCCAUUACAUGCUACCCAUGUGCCCAGAGCACGGUGAUCGCUUCGAUCGGCAGCUUUGGCAAGCCUAUGUUUCUGCGAAUAAAAUAUUUGCUGAUAAGGUGAUGGAAAUCAUCAAUCCUGAGGAAGAUUCUGUUUGGGUUCAUGAUUAUCAUUUAAUGGUUCUUCCAACGUUCCUGAGAAAGCGCUACAAUCGAGUUAAACUUGGAUUUUUUCUGCAUAGUCCGUUUCCGUCAUCAGAAAUCUAUCGAACUUUACCAGUUCGGGAUGAGAUUCUCCGUGGCCUAUUAAACUGUGAUCUACUUGGUUUUCAUACGUUUGAUUAUGCCCGACACUUCCUCUCCUGCUGCAGCAGAAUGUUGGGCUUGGACUAUGAAUCCAAGCGGGGACAUAUUGGACUAGAUUAUUAUGGUCGCACGGUAUAUAUCAAAAUUCUACCUGUAGGAAUUCACAUGGGUCGGUUGGAAUCAGUGAUGAAUCUUCCAUCUACAUUUGCUAAAGUCAAAGAAAUUCGAGAUCAGUUCAUGGGGAAGAAAUUAAUUCUUGGUAUUGAUGACAUGGACAUUUUUAAGGGUAUAAGCCUGAAGCUUCUCGCUGUGGAACAGCUUUUACGGCAACAUCCUGCAUUACGGGGCAAAAUAGUCCUGGUUCAAAUAGUGAACCCUGCAAGGGGUUCAGGGAAAGAUGUACAUGAAGCUCAGAAGGAAACCUACUUGGCUGCUGAAAGGAUCAAUGAAGCUUACGGUUCAAAUAACUACAAACCAGUAAUUCUGAUUGAUCGCCCAGUCCCACGGUUUGAGAAGACUGCUUAUUAUGCUUUAGCAGAAUGCUGCAUAGUGAGUGCUGUAAGGGAUGGCAUGAAUUUGGUUCCAUACAAGUAUAUUGUUUGCAGGCAAGGAACUCCUCUUAUGGAUGAGGCUAUGGGCUUACAAAUUGGUUCUCCUCGGACGAGUAUGCUUGUAGUGUCUGAGUUUAUUGGUUGCUCACCCUCUUUAAGUGGAGCUAUCAGGGUUAACCCUUGGGACAUUGAUGCUGUUGCUGAUGCCUUGGAACUAGCCAUAACUAUCCAGGAGUCAGAGAAGCAGCUGCGACAUGAAAAACAUUAUCGAUAUGUCAGUUCCCACGAUAUAGGAUACUGGUCUCGUAGUUUUAUGCAAGAUUUAGACAGAGCAUGUCAAGAUCACUAUAGUAAACGGUGCUGGGGAAUUGGCCUGGGUCUGCGUUUUAGAGUUGUUUCUCUUUCUCCUGGGUUUAGGAAGUUAACUAUUGAUCACAUUGUCUCAGCUUAUAAAAGAACUCAUCGAAGAGCGAUAUUUUUGGAUUACGAUGGCACUAUCAUUUCACAAAGCUCUAUAAUUAAGACACCAAGCCCUGAAAUUAUCUCUAUCUUGACUACGCUUUGCAAUGACCCUUGUAACACUGUCUUCAUUGUUAGUGGGAGGGGGAGAAGUUCUUUAGGCCAGUGGUUUGCCUCUUGUGAGAUGUUGGGGAUUGCAGCAGAACAUGGGUACUUCAUAAGGUGGGGUGGAACUUCAGAAUGGGAAACCAGUCCGUUGUCUUCUGAUCUAGAUUGGAUUAAAAUUGUAGAGCCAGUGAUGAAAUUAUAUACAGAAGCAACAGAUGGCUCGUGCAUAGAACCCAAAGAGAGUGCUUUAGUCUGGCAUCAUCAAGAUGCCGAUUCUGACUUUGGAUCCUGUCAAGCCAAGGAAUUGCUGGAUCAUCUAGAAAACGUACUUGCCAACGAACCAGCAGUUGUUAAACGGGGCCAACAUAUUGUUGAAGUGAAGCCACAGGGAGUAAGCAAAGGUUUGGUCGCAGAAAAGGUUCUCUCGAGAAUGGUGGAUAGUGGAAGACCACCUGAUUUCGUGAUGUGCAUUGGAGAUGAUAGAUCAGAUGAAGAUAUGUUCGAGAGCAUAUUAAGCACAGUCUCCAGUCCCUCGCUGCCUUCCGCUCCCGAAAUUUUUGCCUGUACAGUUGGGCGAAAGCCAAGCAAGGCCAAGUUUUACCUCGACGACACUUCCGAUGUCGUGAAAUUGCUGCAGUGCCUUGCCUCUUCAUCACGUCCAAGACCUCGGCAACUACCACAGAUGCGUGUUUCUUUUGAGAGUGUUUUUUGAAUUGAGGAAUAGUUGCAUCAUUGAAGUGCUUGCUGCUGCAUCUUGAUGGAAGCCAUACGAUUUGAUGAAGGUAGUGGAUGGUGACCAUUCUCUCAAUCCACACUCAUACUUGCUUUUUUCAAGGAAUCCCAUGUGAGAAUUACGUUUGGAGUUUGGUUACGGGCAUGGUAAGGGCUUGCUGAUGCAGUUUUCUGCUGCUUAAUCAGCAGCACUUGAGCCGGUUUUAUUAACUUGGAAGAGAGAUAUUGGUGUUUUUCGUCAAUAUCCUUAAGAACUAGAGUUUCCUCUUGUAAAUAAUAACAUUUAUUAACUUCUGACGCCCCACUAAAAUUGUCCUCUCCUUGAGAUGAUGUCAAUAGUGGAGCGUUUUAUAUACGGUGUAGGGGGCAGCAUUAACUUGUAUAGUUUCAAAAACUUUCUUGGCCACAUUGCAUAAAGUCUGAUUUGAUGCUCAUUUUUUUUCUUUGU